AGAAUUGAGAAAGACUGCUAGCUGCUUACCAACCCAGAGCCUCAGCUCCCGCCUCUGAGAAUGCUGUUCUCCGACGACUUCAGUACUUGGGAUCAGACAUUUCAAGAACUGAUCCAGAAGGAGAAGCCCGGGGCCAAGUGGACCCUGCAUUUGGAUAAGAACAUUGUGCCAGAUGGUGCAGCCUUGGGAUGGAGGCAGCACCAGCAGACAGCACUUGGCAGGUUCCAGUGUUCCAGAUGUUACAGGCGUUGGACCUCUGCUCAAAUAAAGAUCUUGUGUCACAUGAACAAAGACGCUUGGAAAUCCCAGGGCCGGGUGCUCAUGAGAAUCUUUGGUCAGAGUUGCCAGAAGUGUUCUGAGUCUCAAUUUGAGAAUCCUGAGUUCUCCACAGAGAGCAUCAAAAGGAUUCUGAAUAACCUAGUUGAUUACAUUCUGCAGCGAUACUAUGGACACAGGAAGAUAGCAUCGAUCUUGAAUGUGCCUUUGGAUGAGACAUCUUUGGAUGGGCCCCACGAUACACUCAAUUGUGAGGCAUGCAGUCUGAGCCCCUAUGGAAGGUGUGCCCUUGCACACAAAGUAAGACCGCCCAGAUCCUCAUCUCCAUCACCAAAGAGCCAGGGUUCCUCUCCAUCAAAGAGCUGCCCUCCUUCACCUCAGACUUCGAAUACGGGUUUUGGGAAUAGGACUUUUCAGGAUCUUAGAGAGCCCCGUGAAGUAGGGUCACCACUAUUACUAAUUUUGUCUAUUGCUGCACUUUGCCUUAUCUACUUCAUUAAGUAAUAGAUUUAUCAUCUUGUUUUAAUCCCAUGGUGAUCAAUACAAUGGAUGUCAUUUCAAUAUGACAGUGAAUUCAUGUGGGAUCAAUUAAGGUCGAGUAUGUAGAAUAAACCUGCUUUCCUGGACAUGCUCUGAAAAUAGCCUAAGCCAUGGACCACACAUAAUGAACCCAAUAACAAAUUUGUAUUGAAUUGCUGAACUGUCUGCACUAGCUUGCUCACUUAUUGUUCUCAAGCUAUGUUGAUUAAAUCUUGAUGUUAACUAAGGGUCACGUGUGUUAUGAAAUAUAAAAAGGUGGCCGGAGAAAGGGAGUACCUGGUGGGUCCCUGCCAAGAUGUCCCCCUGAGAAAUCAUGCCAUGUGACAGAUCUGGUGUAAGGGAGUUUUAUUGUGGGGGAAGUGGGGACAGGGGCCUGGAGAAGUGGGGAGCUGAGCUAUGGGGGCAGAGAAGGGGGGACAGAGAAGGACAGAAAAAGAGAGACGCUGGCCAGGAACACGUGGGAACAGAGAGAGAAAGAGGAAGGGGGGACUGGGGAGUGAGCAGUCCUCUAUAGGCUGCCCCUGUGGCAUUUGGGCACCUGGUGGGUAGCAGGUAAUGUAAGCCCAGGUCCCUGGGAGAAGCUUAGUGCAAUCUUCUGUUAAUUAACAAGUCUUAUCAUAAAUUUACUGUGGCAGACUGGGUAAUGCUCCCCCCCCCACCACCAAAAAUGCCCUUCCUCAUAUCCUCUAGAAUGUGUUAAUAAACUGUA